UGGACAACGUUAUUACUGCUCUGCUCAAUUUGAACUCCUACUCUUCAGCGUGUCGAGAUACAUAGCUGCAUAUCUAUAUUAUCGACACUUACAUAUUAGAUAACUAAAGUUAAUCAUGCCAAAGUGCAUUAAAAUGGAUCGUUUCCGAUAUAUAAGUAGUGAGGCUUGGCGUGCCCUAAUAGCAAUAGAGAUGGGACUUAAAAACCAUGAAGUUGUCCCCCCAGAGUUGGCACUCAAAAUUUCUCAUCUCAGACGAAGUUGUACUAGUUUUAGCCAUCUCGUUCAAGAACAGUUAAUAUUAAAUAGGCUGGUAGCCUACGAAACAGAUAAUAAGCAUUCAAUGAAAGGAUAUCGUCUUACUAACUUGGGCUAUGACUAUCUUGCUCUAAAUCAACUUUUCAAGUCAGAACAGUUAACAAGUCUAGGGACGAUGAUCGGGGCUGGAAAAGAGUCUGAUGUCUACAUAGCUGCAGCUGGUGCGCGUUGUGGGCGUCCAUCAGAUGGCUCAGAAAGUCUUUUGGAGGAGUUUCCGAAGGAAGAAGACUUGGUCGUCGUUAAAUUUCACAGACUUGGCAGAACAUCUUUCAGAAAAGUGAAAGAAAAACGCGAGUAUCAUCAACACAGAAAUAAUUGCUCUUGGUUGUAUUUGGAUCGUUUAGCAUCGAAACGCGAGUUCAUUAUGAUGCAGAGCCUUUGGAGUAAUGGCAUCCCCGUUCCAAUCCCUUACACUCACAACCGAAAUGCUGUAGUCAUGUCAUAUGUUGCUGAUAGCUUACCACUAUACAGAAUACUUCCAAGUAUUCUAAGUUCCAAUGGAUCUGCUUUUGCACAGUCACUAUACUAUCAAGCCAAGGAAAUAUUGGAAAGAGUUGCUUCUCUGGGUCUUGUUCAUGGUGAUUUUAAUGAGUUUAAUCUGAUGGUUUCUGAUUUGGAUCCUGAAAAAGAUGAGGGUAUUAGUAAUCCCAAACUGGUUCUUAUCGACUUCCCUCAGAUGAUCAGUCGUGAUCAUAAACUAGCUAACGCUAUUUAUGAACGAGAUGCAGAUGGUAUUGUCAAUUUUUUUAGCCGUUAUUUUGAUAUUCCUUCUGACGAUCUACCAUCCUCCCUCGAUUCCAUCCAACGAACUGAUGAUGUUGACGUUCAUUUAAAAGCUCCGGGUUACAUUUCCAAAAACGCUACUAAUCGCCAUUCUCGGCAUACAGUAGAAGAUUCACUGUUAGGUUCAGUUGCUCGACUUCGGUUGUCAUCGUUGAACAAUAGCGAAGUCGACGAGGACAUCAAUGAGUCUGAAUCGGAAAGCAUCUCUUCCGCUACUAAUUCUCAAGAAAAUGACCAAUCGGAAACCGAAAGUGAUGAUGAAUCUAAUUCAGAAGAAAUAGAUAAUGAUGAAAAUAAUGAAAGAGACACUACCAGUAUGCAAAGUACAAAAGCUAAAACGACACCUGCCGUGAUUACCGUUGAAGAAAUUCGUGAACGCAAUCGUCGUGAAAGAAGACAUCAACAACAAGUUGACUUUAAUCGUCAAAUCAAACGUCAUAAUCGUGCUGCUAUCAAACGUCAGGGUCGUCUUAAUAUGAAGUUUGAAGCAUUACUUUUCGGUUAAUUUGAGUUGUUUUUCGGUUUUGUUAAUUUUUUUUUCAACAACAAUAUUUCAAUAGAUGUACCUAUGUUUUGUGUUAUUACUGUUAAGAUUACAAAUUCUUUCAGAAUCUUCAUUUAUGUAUAUAUUGUGUGUACAAUACUGGAAAGAGAUUUGUACAGUUACGGUAUUUUUAAAAUUUGAUUUCCUCGUAAUUUUGGAAUUUUUAUUGUUAUUUCUUAUGAUUGAUUCUAAUCUUUGGACGUUAUUUUUCAUUCCAUAAUUUUUAAAUUGUAAAUAAGUAAUUUUCUGGCUAACGAAUUACUGACUGCUUUUGUUUAACAGAAAUCAAAUUAACAUGCAUAUGAAGAUGAAAAUUAAGCUGAGUGCAUCAAAGUUUUCCUUCAUAUAAGCGCCUUAGCUUGACUAGAAACUGAUUAUUCUGUGGCUUUUGCAUUAAUCACAUGUUUAGGAUUGAUUUCCUUUUUGUUUUCCUAGUGUUUUUCUAACUAACUAAUUGGGGAUUGUGUUAUGUGUGAUAUAAACCAGGUUAAUCAAUAUAAUUAUCGAAUAUAACUAGUGAAAUAA